AUCAUGGAAAACCACAGCUUUGUAACUGAAUUUGUCCUCCUGGGGCUUUCACAGAAUCCAAGUGUUCAGAAAAUAGAAUUUGUUGUAUUUUUGUUUGUUUACACAAUAACUAUGGGGGGCAACAUGCUGAUCGUGGUGACCAUUGCCUGCAGCCCUGCUCUGCUGGGCUCCCCCAUGUACUUCUUCAUGGUCUUCCUGUCCUUGCUGGAUGCCUGCUUCUCCUAUGCUAUGACUCCGAAGAUGAUUGUGGACCUGUUCUACGAGAGGAAAACCAUCUCUUUUCAAGGCUGCAUGAUACAACUGUUUUCUGAACACUUCUUUGGUGGAGCAGAGGUGAUUGUCCUCACAGCCAUGGCCUAUGACUGUUACGUGGCCAUUUGCAAGCCCUUGCACUAUUCCUCCAUCAUGAACAGGAGGCUCUGCUAUGUUCUGGUGGGCGUAGCCUGGACCGGGGGCUUCCUGCACUCCAUCAUCCAAAUUCUCUUCACUUUCCAGCUCCCCUUUUGUGGCCCCAAUGUCAUUGACCAUUUCCUGUGUGACUUAUUCCCAUUACUGAAGCUUGCCUGCACCGACACACACAUCUUUGGCCUUCUGGUGGUUGCCAACAGCGGGUCUAUCUGCAUUAUAAUCUUCUCCCUGCUGCUUGUGACCUACGGUGUCAUCUUGUUCUCCCUGAGGAAGCACAGUUCUGAAGGGCGGCAGAAAGCUCUGUCCACCUGUGGGUCCCAUGUUGCUGUCGUGGUUUUAUUUUUUGUCCCCUGCAUAUUUACAUACCCACGACCUCCCUCUGCCUUCUCCUUUGACAAAAUGGUGGCACUGUUUUACUGCACCCUGUCUCCCCUGCUCAACCCUUUGAUUUAUACUUUUAGGAAUAAGGAAGUGAAAAAUGCCAUGAGGAAACUGUGGAAAAGAGUGGUGUUGGUGUCUGAUGAAAACUAA